ACCUACCCUUAGUGUUUAUAUAUAUUAAGAAUUAAAAAUUCAUUUUACUCCACGUAUAAAAUCCUUCCAAUGUCAAUCCCUGAUGUUUCUUCUCUGUCACUUGUAUCCCAAUCUAGUUCAGAACACGACGAACAAGAAAAAGAUAAUCUCGCCAUCCUUUUGGAUAGAUACAAGGAUAAGUUGAGCAAAUUUCCAAAAGAAAAAGGCUGGAUGGGUCAAGACUUUUACAUGUAUCAAGGAUUUUGGUACACCUCGGAAAAUGCAUUCUCAAUUGAAACAAUGAUGGCUGUGCAAGAAAGUUUUCAAGGUCAUUCAACUGAUAUCUACGUCAUUACGCAACCAAAAUGUGGUACAACAUGGAUUAAGGCCCUCGUGUUUGCUAUUGUGAACCGAACAAAGUACAAAAACAUCAAACCAUCAGAUCACCCUCUAAACAUCUCUAACCCCCACAAAUGUGUGCCUUUCCUUGAGACUGAAAUCAUUGCUAAAAGUUUUCCUGCAAAUCCACCACGUCUCUUGGCUAGCCAUAUACCUUACAACGCGUUACCUAAGUCCAUUAUUGAUUCUAGCUGUCGAAUAGUUUACCUAUGUAGGAACCCUAAGGAUGUUUUCGUUUCUUGGUUUCACUUUGCAAACAAGUUGAAAGAUAAAUCUCGUACCCCAAUGACCACCGGUGAGAUGCUUGAUGUGUAUGCUAAAGGUUUUAUGCCAUAUGGGCCUUACUGGGAUCAUGUGAUAGAGUACUAUAAGGCUAGUUCUGAAGAUCCGACAAAGGUUCUAUUUUUAACAUACGAGGACAUGAAAAUAGAUACUGCAAGUAAAGUGAAGCGUUUGGCAGAGUUCUUGGGCUACCCUUUCACGAAGGAGGAAGUGGCCAAUGGUGUAGUGGAAGAGAUUGUGACGCUAUGUAGUUUUGAAAAUUUAAAGGAAGUCAAUAAGAAUGGGGAUCUCUUUACGGGUAUCCCUAAUGCCAGUUUCUUUAGGGAAGGAAAGGUUGGAGGAUGGAGCAAUUAUCUUACAAAGGAAAUGAGCCAGAUUUUGGAUGACAUUACGAGGGAAAAGUUUCAAGGUUUGGAUAUCUCAUUCUGAUAAGGUGCAUGUGAUGAUAAAUGGGCAUGCAAUACCGAUCUUCAUUAUAUAUCUAUUGUUUUUAAAUUAAUGUUUAGUACUAAAUGUGUUUCAGUGAUUGGCCAUGAAUAAAUCUUAUUGUUAAAAGAUAUUGUAUCAAAUAAUGCGCUUCUUUUGCACAUGCAUGAGAGGGUGUGAUUGUCUC